CUUAUGCUUGGUCCCAAAUGGACUAGCACAGCCCGUUGAGAAGGUGCUAUGCAUGAAGAGAGCCUAAUAUCUGUCCCUGCAUCAGCAUCCUGGGAAUCGCUUGCCCUCCGCUCGGAGCAGCUGAUCACAUGAGCCUGAUUUUUCAGUUCAGUUCAUUAGUCAGCCAUUUUGGUCACCACCCUGCUCACUGCGCACAGCCAAUCCUGUCAGCACUCCGGCUUUGCUGGGAGAAAGAGACCAGCAGUGUGAUUCUGGCAAACCUGGAUAUCCAUCUCUGCAUUCUUCCUUUGUUUUUGCUUGGGUAAUCAGCAGAAGAAACCAUUCUUUUUCUUUGUUCUGCUUUUUUUUUUUUUUUAAUAGAUUUUUUUUUGCCUUGUUUUUUCUCACCCCCUGGCUUUGAUGCAGCAGCCAGGUCUCCUGUGGUUGCUUAGGAUCAAUAGCCUCUAGCAGAGCUGAAGACGACAACAGUUGGUGGCAAGAAGGGAGGAAGAGAGGAGCCUGAAGGAGCAGCGUUUUUACCUUGCUUUAUAUAUGAAAAGGCCAGAGCAGCCUGUGCGACCCUGAGCACAUCUGUCCUUUAACAGCAAGGUAUUUCUCAUUUUCUUCUUCGGAAAGCUUUUCAGUCCUGAUUUUUCCCCCUGUUCCUGUUGUUGUACCAGCUGAGUCAUCAUGUCUGCUCUGACGCCUCAAAGCGACAUGCCAACCCCCACCACAGACAAGAUCACUCAGGCUGCCAUGGAGACCAUCUAUCUUUGCAAAUUCCGAGUGUCGAUGGAUGGAGAGUGGCUCUGCUUGCGCGAGCUGGACGACAUCUCGCUGACACCUGACCCAGAGCCUACCCAUGAAGACUCUUGGGAGGAUUUGACAGAUGUGGUGGAGCAAUUGCGUGAUGAUACUGAAGAUCCUAAUUAUCUCAUGGCGAAUGAACGCAUGAACCUGAUGAACAUGGCGAAACUGAGUAUCAAGGGGUUGAUCGAAUCAGCGCUUAAUCUGGGAAGGACACUGGACUCUGACUACGCACCUCUCCAGCAGUUUUUCGUUGUGAUGGAACAUUGCCUUAAACAUGGCCUGAAAGCCAAAAAGACUUUCCUUGGGCAAAACAAGUCAUUUUGGGGACCUCUAGAACUAGUAGAAAAACUUGUUCCUGAGGCUGCAGAGAUUACAGCAAGCGUUAAGGAUCUCCCAGGGCUGAAGACACCUGUGGGUAGAGGAAGAGCUUGGCUUCGCUUGGCUCUCAUGCAGAAGAAGCUUUCUGAAUACAUGAAAGCCUUGAUUAACAGAAAGGAUCUUCUCAGUGAAUUUUACGAGCCUAAUGCACUGAUGAUGGAAGAAGAAGGUGCGAUCAUUGCUGGCCUCCUAGUAGGUUUGAAUGUCAUCGAUGCCAACUUCUGCAUGAAGGGUGAAGACCUGGACUCACAGGUUGGUGUUAUUGAUUUCUCAAUGUAUUUGAAAGAUGGGAACAGCACAAAAGGCAGCGAAGGAGAUGGUCAGAUAACUGCUAUUUUGGAUCAGAAAAACUAUGUAGAAGAACUCAAUAGGCAUUUAAGUGCUACAGUAAACAACCUGCAGGCCAAGGUGGAUGCCUUAGAAAAAUCCAACACUAAACUGACUGAGGAGCUUGCAGUUGCAAACAACAGGAUUAUUACACUGCAAGAGGAGAUGGAACGGGUUAAAGAAGAAAGCUCUUACAUCUUAGAGUCCAGUCGUAAGGUCACUAAAGACAGAGCUGCUGAUGGACAUGCACUGACUGAGGCACGAAAACAGUUAAAGGAGGAGACUCAGCUGCGGCUGGAUGUGGAGAAAGAGCUGGAGGCACAGAUUGGGAUGCGGCAGGAGAUGGAGCUAGCUAUGAAGAUGCUGGAGAAAGAUGUUUGCGAGAAGCAGGAUGCACUGGUCGCGCUCAGGCAGCAGCUGGAUGAUCUUAGGGCCCUAAAGCAUGAACUGUCUUUCAAGCUGCAGAGUUCAGACAUGGGGGUGAAACAGAAGAGUGAAUUAAACAGUCGUUUGGAAGAAAAAACAAAUCAGAUGGCUGCCACCAUCAAACAGCUUGAACAAAGUGAAAAGGAUUUGGUGAAACAGGCAAAAACCUUAAAUAGCGCAGCAAACAAACUGAUCCAGAAGCAUCAUUAGACAUUUUUAUGUCUGGUCACCUCACAGCUCUGACAUCAGAACUCCUUUAUGAGGGGAGAACUUGCAAAUUGCUAAAAGCAACUGUUAAAAUAUUAAUUGUCACCUAAAGUUGGUUUGGAAUUUGCUGAAUUUUUAAAAUCAGUGAGUUUUUCUUCAGAGAUUUAGAGUCAGGUAUAAAAAUCCCUAACUAUGCCCUUUAAACCAUGUUAAAGUACCAAUGAGUUGGCCAAUAAACACACCAGGAAAGCAUAAGGAAUGGGAGAUCUGUGGCUCUGUACACCCUGGUGAUGCAUACCGUAUACAGCAGCACAAGUCUUCAGCCGUUACGGAUUCUAGGCGUGUUGAUCAAGCCACUGUUAGAUUGGCCAGCUCUGGGAAAUCAAAUAGUUUUCUGUGUUGCCCUUUUUGUGCAGUAGAUGAAAAAAAUGCAUCCCUGGAAGUUGUUGAAAGUAGUUGUGUGCGUAGCCCAAGCCGUUCCCUGUUCACUUCUGUUGUGUGGGUUCAGCCCCAAGUCCGAGAUGCGAUAGAUCAUCACCGUGAAGACCAGCCCUCUUGUAAACAAGACUGCUUGCAACGAUUUUGCCUUAGUGACUUGGUGGGAGGGUGGGGACUUCUCCUUAUUCCUUUAAACUUCAUGUGUCCAGAAUUAGUAGCUAGGUGUCUUAGAGUAACAUGAUAGAGUGGUAAGUUCAGUGGAAACCUCCUUAUCUUUGCAUUGCCUUGCCUUCUACCUCUGCCAUGAAUCUCGCUAGAUGUGCAUUGAGGUUCUUCCCAACUGAAGGAAUCUGAGGAGAGGUAUUUUGGUAGGUCUUUCCUCUUCCUAGGAAGGGAAGUUACAUGUUUAAAAACAAAAAUCUGAUCUUCUUACUCUAGAGUUUAAAAGAAACAAAAGCAUAAAAUAAAAAUAGAAGAAAGGAACAAAAUGUGCAAUGGUGGGGAGCAGAAAUGCUAAUUUGGUACUUGACCAUUCCUUGUCUGAGUAGCUAGUGGUUAAAAAAGAAGAGUUACAUUCUACUAUCGCACUUCUUUCAUUUGCUUGGGGAGACUUUCUUGCUCAAUACAAAUGGAAUUUGCUAAUGGAAGAACAGAUAAAGCUUGGGAAUCAGCUCUUGAUAGGAAAAAUAAUUGCCACUUUAACACCUCAGUGUAAAACUUUAAAUAAAUAUAGCUGGGACUAUUAGAAACUAAUAAUUCUCAUGCCUGGGGCCACAGAAGUUCACCAUGCUGGCCUGCCACAGGCCUUAGGCUAUAAGUGCUCCUUGAGAUUAUUUUUUGCUUUCAAGAAGAUCAUAUAUGGGGGUUUUCUGUAUUAAAUAAGGGGUUUUUGCUCUGGUGAGAUGCCUGUAAAGAUUCUUUGAUGCCAGUUCUCCCUUUUUUUUCUGUGGGACAGUGCUCUUUGGGGUACUAGGUGGCAGAUGUAACUGAAACACAGCUGGAGAAAGAAGCCUUAUUGAUCCUCACUAGGUAUGUUUAAAAUCAGUGAGGCUAAGCCCAGUCCUACUGUAUGUGUGUACCAUCACUUGGCUUAUUUAAUGGACUUCUGCACACAAGCAGACUUGGAGACCCCAUUUGAAAUCUCUAUGCCCAAGUAGUGUGCUUGGAAAUAUAAGGUUAACCUUUAAUAACCUUUUACUAGAAACUCAUUUUAACUACCUGGAGAAUAAUAAAAUAAUAAUUAAAAGGUGGAAGCUUUCAUCAAGGUAUCUAAGUAGCUGAUUAGAACAGUUAACUCCCCUGCUCUUCCCCACAUUUCUUCUGUGGAAUUAAGGGGUUGUGCCAGGUUUGUUUGUUGUCACAAUAAUGCUAAAAUCAGGCAGAAUUAAGGAUCUGGCCUUUUCUGAUGUCAGGGCCAGAGUGAAAAUGCUUUGGUAUACUAAUGCCUUGUGUCAGUCCAUGGAAGAGACCAGGAAAAUGCACUAAUUCUCAAUAGAGUAGCUAACCUAUGUUGCAAGUUCCAGUUACACGUGUAGAGCUGAAAUGUAACGUACAUUAAAAUCAAAUUGGACUUGAAAUUCUGUGUACUUGAGGUUUGCUUUGAAUCUGGAUAAAAGUGAUGUUUUAUGUUUUUCAUCUAAUGGCUGUAAACCGUAGUAAUAGAAUAAAAACUAUUGAAAAUCA